AUGGAAAAACUCCACGAUAUCUUGAAGGGUUUUGGAAUCACCUUAUUAUUGGCAACGGUAAUGUUAGUCAGUGGACAUCAAUGUGGUUCGCGCCAACAAAUCACGUACGCUGCGGAAAAUAGCGCUCUGCGAGGGUUUGCAUAUGCAACCCAAACUGUGCGAUCUCGUGUCGUCUGCGGACGGGAAUGCAACAUGGAUGAACGUUGCAAGUCGUUUAACUUUAACGACUGCAAUACAAUGUGCGAGUUGAACCUUGCCACAAGACGAGAGCAUCCCGAAGACUUCAAUGCAACUCAAGGGAGUGUGUACUUUGAUGCAGAUGAGGACACACUCCUCUACUCACUGACUGAUAGCUCCUUGAAUCGCUACAGAAGUUGCAAGAUGCUCUUAGAUGCCGGUUAUCGCUCAAGCGGUAUCUACACAAUCUACCCAGAGGGAUUCGGUGAUGGCGGUCUUCGUGUCUACUGUGACAUGGAAACUGACGGCGGAGGAUGGAUCGUGUUUCAGAGGCGACAAGAUGGCAGCGUGGACUUCUACCGUAACUGGACCGAGUACCAGUCUGGAUUUGGCAAUCUGUCUGGUGAGUUCUGGUUGGGCAAUGACAACUUGGUGACUCUGACGUCUAAUGAUUCACAAGGAACAUGGGAGCUACGCGUUGAUUUAGGGGACUGGGAGGGCAACACGGCAUGGGCAAAGUACUCGGAGUUCAAAAUCUCCACUGGUAAGUACAAUCUGAAUAUUGGCCAAUACGAUGCAAGCGGCACUGCCGGUAAAUCUCUUGGGCGUCACAGAGGACUUCCCUUCUCAACAAAGGAUCGUGACAAUGAUGUAUCGGAGAGAAAUUGUGCGCAAUCCUACCACGGAGCCUGGUGGUUUAAGGAUUGUUUGCGCUCCAACUUGAAUGGUCGAUAUUAUCCAGAAGAGCACUCAGCUGGUGAUCGUUUGGGCAUCCAGUGGGGCAAGUGGAAAGGCCAUUUCUAUUCUCUGAAAGCCUGCCGGAUGAAAAUACGUGUGAUGGGACCAUGA